CACUCCUUUUGUCAGCUGUCUCGGCAAAUAAAAAAAAAAAAAACAAAGUUUGAGUACAACAAAAAAAUAUACAUAGUAAAAUUUCCUAGUUUCCGAAAGUUUGUACCAAUCGCGUAUACAAUUAGUUAUUGUUUUUUAAGUUUUUAUAAUGGCGCCGCCUCUGAAGCAGGCCGCCGACCACGGCAGCAGCGCCAGCAGCAACAACAACUCCGUGGGCGGAGCAACCGGCGCCGUGCCCAAGCAACAGCAGCAGCUCCAAGUGAAUGGAGCUUCCACAGGCGGAACAGCGACCAACAGAUCCGCACGCUCCCGGCGUCAGCAAGAGCACUUGGGCGAGCCGGACAUGGACUUCGUGGAGCCGCUGCAGCGGGAGACGCUGAAGACGCUGAACGAGUUGCUUCAGCGCGCCCGCAUCACCAACGGCCAGAUCCGAACCCAGGAGGAUCAGCUCUCAGGCAUCAGCUCCACGGAAACCAGGCCACCGGCACAGCAGCAGCGCGAGGUCCUGCGUCAAUUGGCGGCGGAACACAGCAGCAGCUACGACUCAUCAGAGCAACUGCAGGAGCAGCAGCAGCGCUAUCGCUUCCCCGUGCGACCCGUCCAGCGCGUCCAGCAUCAGCCGUCGACAACGUCAUCAUCCACUGCUCUAGCGGCCCCCGGAUCCUCCUCGUCGACCCUGCAGCGUCUGCGUCAGUCGACGCCCCCGAAUGCCGCAGUAGGCGUGGUUAUACCAAACGCCACCACCAGCAACGGAAACGUUAACGGCAACUUUAGCGGCACAGAGGAGCAGCAGUCCGGCCUGCAGACACUUGUCCACCGCCUGCUCAGUCUACCCGGUCUAAGCUCCAGAAGCGAAGCCGGUCGUAGCCAGGUUGAGGUGUGGCGCUCCAUGCUGGAGUUGGUAGACAAUCUGAACAGCAACAGACAGCCGUCCAGUGCGAAUCCUGUGGAGGAUAUUUACAAUAUGGUGCACGAGAUCAAUCCCAGCGCCGAGCAGGACGAGGGCAUCGUCAAUUCGACUAGCUUGGAGGAUGUUGCAUUAAGCGAGAUGAGCGACAACCGUGCCCAGUCCAUUCAGUCCUUGCACAGCGUCCUGGAAACGCCCACUCCUGACACAACGCCCACCUUCGAUGAGCUGCAGCAGCGGCUAGAGGCUUCCAACCGGAAUAUGCAGCAUUUGCAGGACGAGCAGGCCAAGCUUCUGCAUAUCCAGAACCUGGCCAAGUCCCACCUCACCGAGAUGGAGCAGCUGCGCCAGCAGGCCGAUCAACUGCCCCACACCAGCAACGGCGGGGAGGCGCCCAAGUAUGAGUCGGUGCAGCAGGUCCAGGACGACAUGGCCUCCCUGGUGGGUCGCAUGAAGAAUCUCACCGCUUUUAUUCACAACCAGAACGAGCUGAGCACUGUGCUGGGGGAUGAUGGCCCAGAGAUCCUGGCUGAGCAGCAGGCCUUGCAGGAGAAGCUGGAGGCUCUGCGCAGCCAGCGGGCAGAUAUGCGCAAUCUUGUGGAUGAGCUCAACAGCAUCAAUCGCACAGCCAGGGAGACAGCCAGGCCUGUUAGGGAGGAAACUCCCACACCACCGGCCAAGCCAGCUCAAGCUCCUGCUCCUACUCCAGCUCCUGCUCCUGCUCCUGCUUCAGCUCCUGCCAAGGAGCGUGUUGUCCCAGUGGAGUAUACACGGAACGUGCCCAUCAUGCGGCAAGAGGCGGCCAAUGCCGCCCAGCGAGCCCUCCAUGCCCAGAACAUGAUCAACAAGAAGACGGCCGACAUCGAAGCCCUCAAGGCCCAAAUGGCCAAGCUGAAGGGCAUGCUGAACACGGUGAGCCAGAUCGAGGAGAGCGUGCCCGCCAUGGGUGCGGCCCUGGAGCGGCGGAGCGAGGAGCGCACAAGCGUGGAACGCGAACUUCCAGCUGAAAUUGCUCAGCGUGUGUUUGCCCUAAACGAUGUCACCUCCGAGCUUCGUGCCGAGGCAGCCAGCCUGCAAAAGGAGCGGGAUCGCAUCUUGGCCCUCAAGGCGGAAAUCGAGCGACGGAAACAGCAGGCCGCUGCCGCUGUCCAAAUGGGCGAGGAGGCCUUGAAGAGGAGUAGUCUCACUCCCACACCCACCCCCAUGAGGCAACAGCAGGUAGCACAGGAGGAGGAGGACGAGGAGGAAGAGGAUGAGGAUCCAUCUUCGCUGCAGGCCACGCCUAGCAAGGAGCAAUUGCGCGACGAGCUGCGCCUGCAGUGCGAGCGCUUGCGCAAGGAGUACGAACAGAAGCAGCGUGAGCUGGAGCAGCGCUAUGUGGCCAGCAACAACACCACCUCCGAAGCGGACGACGAGGGCAACGACGACACCGACAGCGACAAAUACUUUGCCAAUGCGCGCACUGCCUCCUCGGCUACGCUCAAGCGAGCCGCCUCGGCCAACACAGUGGUGGAGCAGCGCCGCAGCCAGCCGAGUGGGACACAGCCCCCGGCGCCACCGGCACCUCCGGCACCUCCGUCCACGCUCAACGAAGACGAUCUGAAUGUGACCAUCGAUACCUUGUCCCUGGGAAACGACAGCCUGCCUUCUAGCAGCAGGUCGCAGUACAUGCCGCCGCCGAUGCCACCAGUUCCGGGAAUGUGGGCCUCGCACAAUUCUGGCACAUCCUGGCAUGGCCAGCAACCGAUUUAUGGCCAGGCCAGCACCAAUGCCGGAACAGAGUUCAAGCCAACGCCGGCAGCUACCCAGCUGGGCUCCUCAAAUGCCUCAGGAUCGAACGCCUCGUCCGAUGCCAUGCUACUUCAGCAGUUCAUGCAGACGCAGCAGAUGCUCAUCAACUCGGUGUGCCAGUGCAAUCAGACGCUAUGGCACCAGCAGAGGGAGAUUGACAACCUCAAUACUCAGAUACAUGCGCUCCAAGAUCGCCUGAGCGUGGUGGCCUGCCAGGAUCACGGCUUCGGCCUGCGCUCCGAGUCAGUGCCGCCUCCGAAUCUCAAUGUGGGCCCGGGUCUUGGCCAAACACCCAACAACUUGUGUUUGGGCAGCAGCCGCGCCCAGUCGGAGCAGCUCUAUGGGUUUAGCGCUCAUCAGAGUGCCUUCAGUAACUAUCAGCGCAGCUGUCACCGCACUGGGGGGGAUCCUCAUCAUCAUCAGCAGCCGCCGCAGCAGUUUCUCAACAAUGCCGCUCCUCCGCCACCGCCCACGCACUACAACAACGAGACGCCUCUGUCGCCGCCCACCUACCGCUCGAGUCCCGGUCCCAUCUUCAUGAACCACCACAAUAACACGAUCCAUCAGAACAAUGCGAAUCUUCGCACCCAAAACCAGUAUGCCAACAAUUUGCACUCGCUGCCCGAGGGAGCGGGCGGAGCCCCUGGAGGAGGAGGAGGAGUAUCUGCCGGAGCUGGUGUCACCCUGAACAACCAGGUGCCGCCAGGUAAUCGGGCCAAUAACUACUGGGACAACUUCCGCAGCCAUUCGCGCCAGAAUCUUCUCUCCAACAAGAGCAACGAGGAGCUGAACGUGGACCUUCAACUAUAUCGCCGACAGCGAGCCCGUCCCAGCUACUUUCAACCCUCGCAGCUCCUGGGCGCCCUGCCCUCCGCAAGGAAUGGCUUAAUCCACCAACAGCAACAGCAGCAGCAGCGUCGCCAGUUCUUUGAGUCGCCACUCACCACCGCCUUGCCUGGCAGCAAUAAUCUCAACAACAGCGGCGGCAGUGCCAGAAAGCGAGACUGGCGCGAGGAUCCUGGAUCACAUGUGGAUCGAGAUCACGAAGACGAGGACAUGGACGAUGUGGAGGAGAACCACGACAAUGUCAUCUUUGGUGCCGGGCGACGUCGCAAUCGUCGUCGUCCCCAGCUUUCUACGCUGCGGGAUGAAGACCCCGAGCAAGCCAACUCCUCCAAUCUAAACAUGAACGUCAACUAUGGCAACAGUCCGCUCUACCAGAGGAACAAGGUGCCGGCCAAGCCCAGCACCUCUGCGGUUUCGCUGACUCCCCUCCAGCAGCGUCACCUUCGUUUUGAUUUUGAGUUGCCGGCUCAGUACAUGGAAUUCGAGAUGCCACAGGUGGCGGCAGACACUACUCCCCUGCUCGGUCAAGAAGCCACGCCUGCAGACGAGUCCAAUGCCUUGGAGCAGACAGAGGAGACGGCUUCCGAAGAACUGAAUCGAAAUCUGUUGGUCAAUGCUUUGAAAAACGACAAGUUCACCACCAAGUUUUACGAGUCUAUCAAGGAGGAUGUCUACCGCAGGCUGGAGACGCUCUUCGAGCAGCAACAGCAACAGCAUCAACUGCAGCAGUCCCAGGAGCCGCAUAGUCUGCGGAAGGCCCUCAAUCAAGAGGAGAACGAGCCUGCGGGAGAUGCGGAAGAAGAUGCUGAUGCUGAUGCGGAGGCCACCGAGAGUCGCAGUGAAACCCCGCUGGAGGUGAUGCGCCUGCAGCUGGACAGCGAACGGCCAGAAGAUGAGAAGGCAGCGGCCGUAAAACAGCUGACUGUGGUCAUCCCUCAGAACGGCCAUGACCUAGAGGAGAGCGAGACCAGUCCCUCGGAGGAACCAACUGCCGCGAGUACCGAGAAUCACGAGCUAUCUGAUCUCUGGAGCUAUCACUGUGCCAAGCUUAACCAACUGCGUCUUUAUUGCCAGCAAAUGCUCCAGGUGCCGGUGGAACCGGUGGCUGGUUCAAGGCUGGAUGCCUGCUCUAUUGUCGAGGUGACGCCGGAUCACGAGCUGAUAGAGUACAUCAUCCGGCGCAUUCGCAACCAGACGCACAACAACACCGUUAUCAAUGACUCCCUGCUGGCCGAGGUCUCCAAGCUGACGGCCACUGCUGCCCAGAACUCGGCCGCCAAUUCCCCACUAAUCUCGCCCAAACGCAUUUACGCCAAGAUAAAGAAGAUGGACAUGCCGCGGCAGCGUGAUGAGUUCCUGCUCUGGUACCGUUCCUACCUGGAGCAGCUGUUUGUGGUGGAGCAGCCGCAUCAGGGCGGCUGCAAGGUGAAGUCCCAGGAGCCGUCCCCUCUUGAAAGUCCCACCAAGAAGCAGGCAAACAAAAGGGAACGCGAACGCGAGCAGGACUCUAACAACGAUGCCGACCUGGCCGAGGCUGACCAGAAGAACGUCUCCGCUUCGGGCAGUGGCGACCAGGAGUGCGAGAACAAUGAGAAUCCUGACGAGGAGGCGGAUGGAGGAGAGCCCACAGGCGACUCCACCUCGGGCGUGGAGAAGACGGACGUCAGUCUGGACUAGCCGCAGGUUGCGGCCAAGCCACCACUACACACACAUUCCUAAGCUCACAACAGAUACUUCAUCAACUCAAUUUCAGCUCUUAAAUCCUUGUUAUCCUUUUGUCCCAAGUUUUCAUUUCAUUUACGUUUAGUUUUUAUUUUUAUCAUUAAAUUAUGUAACAAUAAUAAAUAUAUAUUUACACACCGAA